AAAACAAAUCAUUUUUGCUGUUGCACAGUGUUAUAUAUGGAAAGAGAUACAGAUAGUUCGGAAAGCACAAGUGCGUCCGACUCAGAGAAAAGUUUGCGUGAUGAAGAAAUCUUCGAGGUCAACUCGAAGCCGGAUGAGGAGAUCGCCGCAGCUCCCAUUACAAGACCUAAUGAGUAUGCAGUUGUACUUAAAGCUACAAGCUGCAUGAAGUCGGAAGCGAUGGUGGUCCGCCUUGCCCCAAGUCACGCAUUUUGCGCAGUUGGCUUAGCAAAUGGCGAAAUACAAUUCUUUCAACUGGCCUCGCAAAUAAAUCGAGCGACCAUCGCAACGCUAAAAGACGCCAACGAAAAUUUGUCUUGUACCGAUAUAUGCUUUUCACGAAAUGCAGCACCCGAUAGUAAGGAUGGCAGUUGCCUCCUUGCCUCUUAUGCUUCUGGGUAUAUUCGUUUGUGGCACUACCAUGGAAUCGGAAGCAAACAGUUAUUGGUGCGAUCCUGGAAAGAGAGUAUCUGUGAUAGAACGUACAUCCCUAGGAGCAACCCAAUGGAUGAUGCAAACCAAAUAUUCUGCAUUUCGAUUUCAGAAGAUAACAAGAGGUUUAUUUCAGGUGGUUUAGAUGCACGCGUGAGGGUCUAUAACAAGGGAUCAACUGAUAAAGGUCGCAUUUUGCAGCCGAGCACCUCUGAUCAUACUGCAUAUGGACAUACCAGUCGAGUCACCGCACUGGCUUAUCAUCCACGGGGCCGAAAUAAUCCUCACUAUGCGUCAAUCUUCGUUUCUGCCAGCUGGGAUGACACAAUCCGAAUAUGGGAUGAACAACAAGGGAAUUCUCUAUGGGAGAUAUGUGGUCCUCAUGUGGUUGGAAACGAUGGAAUGGAUAUUGACCCCACAAGAAAUGUCAUUUUGACUUGCUCAUGGAGACGUGAAAAGUCAUUAUUGCAAGUAUGGGAGUUUCCGGAACGUGUCUUUGAAUCGCCAUAUGCACUGGAUAGAGAUGGCAGAAAGACUAGGCAGAAGCAACCUUUGUACAAUCUUAUGCACUGGACCCGCGAGAAAAUUUCCCACGGGUAUGUGGCGAAAUUUGAUCCAACUUACCGGCAUAUUCUAUUCGCUGGAAGUAACAAGAACAUAAUUGAUAUAUUUGAAAUUGGGCGGCAAGAAGUUCUUGCUGAAUUGGACGAGCUGAGCCAUGGCGUGUACAGCGCAGCAAUCUUCCAGAACUUGAAUUGUGAAAAUGAACUGAAAAUCGUGUACACGAAUGGAAAAACGAUUAAUUUGUGUACAAUGAUAAUAAAGGAGAUGAAUGCCAGUAGCAGAUGAAUAGAGUACACAUUACAGAGGAAUGCAACUAGAAAAUAAAGCGUUCUGAAUUGGG